CACCCUCCAACAUUCGACACGUGUCCCACAGGCUCCCCCGCCCUUAAGCCGGAGCCUUCCGCCUCUUUUAUCAAUGUCUUAUUCAUCCUCAAGCCUAACCCUAACGCCGACCAUCGUCAAUCUAUAGCGAUCCUAUUUCCAGCGCCGGCAGAGAUAGAGAGAGACGAGGAGGAUUCGAUGAUGGAGAAGAGGGAGGCCUCGGCGACGAGGCCGCCGAACCCAGCGAUGCCGUACCGAGAGGACUGCUGGAGCGAGGGCGAGACGUCCGCCCUCGUCGACGCCUGGGGAGACCGCUAUAUUGAGCUCAACCGUGGGAACCUCCGCCAGAAACAGUGGCAGGAGGUCGCCGACGCAGUCAACUCCCGCCGCGGCGCCGGUCGCAGGCCUCCCCGCACCGAUGUCCAGUGCAAGAACCGGAUCGACACGUUGAAGAAGAAGUACAAGGUCGAGAAGUCCCGGGUCGCCGACGGCUCCGAGAGCCAGUGGCCCUUCUUCUCCCGGCUCGACUCGCUCGUUGGAUCUGCGCCGCCUCCAUCCUCGAAGAAGCAAUCCGUCUCGCCGCCGCUUGCUCUGGCUCUCCCUUUUCAUCGGAAAGCUUCCUCCUUGCCAGUCGCCUCCGCGGUGCGACCGACAGAGACGAAGAAGAAGCGUACGGCAGUGGCCUCUUCUGCCGUAGACAACCCUUUCUUUAGGCGCGCUGCUGCGGCGGCCGCAGCUGCUGCAGAAGACGAUGAGGAUGUCGAUGAGGAGGAGGAAGAAGAGGAGGAGGAGGAGGAGGGAUCUGGCUCUCUAUCGAGGUCAUCUUCACGGUCUGGAAGAGGGUUGAAAAGGGAGAGGGAAGAAGAAGGCAGCGGGAUUCGAGAACUGGCUAAGGCAAUCAUGAAAUUUGCGGAGAUAUAUGAGAGAGUGGAGGAGUCAAAGCAGAGACAGACGAUAGAGUUGGAAAAGCAGCGGAUGGAGUUUGCUAAGGCGUUGGAGUUCCAAAAGAUGCAGAUCGUCGUGGAUUCACAGGUGCAGCUUGCGAAGAUUAAGCGGGCAAAGCGAUCUGAUACUGACAGUUACUCCUAGCUGGCUAAUUGAAGAGGAAAGAAAAUGUUGGUGCACUGGGACUACUGCCUUUCAAGAAGCAUUGUAGCUGGUUCGUCAUAGGUUAUUAGCAAGCAGUCGAAGAUGAACAAACUUGCUCGCCACUCAACUUAGCAAAACAAUUAUAUGUAUAUCCAGAUUAGGUUAUUUCAUAGCGUGUUUACUUUGAGGAGGAUAUUAUUAUAUUUUUCAUUUCCCGUCUAUGUAAACAUUGUCAGUGUUACCAACGAGUUGGAAGUCCUUCGCUUA